AUGGCGAGUAACGUUGAGGCGUGGGUCUUACUGUCCUUGGCUCUGGUCACAUUUUUCAUUCAUAUCUACGUACGAUGGACUCAUGUUGGGCCGGCCAACUUUCAGCUCGAUGAUUAUCUUAUGCCAUUGCUUCAAUCGAACGUUAUUUUCAAUGAUCAUCUUGGACAGAUCGUCUUCGUCCUGGAGACAGUAGCAGCCUACCUCGUCUCCGCGAAAUACCAGGGCUUGACCAACAGUUACAUGACGUCCGAACAGCGAAAGACUAUUGACCCCACGUCGAAAGAGUGGUCCAAUUGUGUUGCUGGCCUUGCUGUUCUCUACUCUCGAUUGACGUAUGGUCUACUUGUAAUUUUGAAAUUGAUUGGUGAAUAUCGCGCUGUAAUGAUCAUAGAACUAGCCUGCAAAAUCUCCCUACCCGACUGUCUCUUCUGCUAUCAUGUCAACUCUUCCAUGCGUUCUGGCAGAUUUACCCCAAUCCUGGGAGUCAGUACCCCCAUGAUUCCUAUCACAACCCGUUCCAUUUUAACCCAUUGUGCAGGCGUUUGUCAACCAACCAACUCUCCUGUGUAUAUUAUGGUUGUUGUGAUUCUCAACAUCAUCACAGAUGUUUAUCUUCUCUUGAUUCCGCUACCUCUCCUCUGGACUGUGAACAUCAGCUUGAAACGAAAAAUCCCCCUGAUGACCCUCUUUUCCGGUGCUGCAUUCGUCAUCACGGCCUCAAUCAUUCGAGUCGUUACCAUCAUGAGUUCAGGAGCCGAUGGAGCGUCAGCCGGCUCUAUAUGGGCCUGUCAAGAGACAUUCGUCUCCAUCGUUGUCUCCAAUUUGCCAAUUAUCCAACCCCUCAUCCGCAAAGAUUCAGCAAGAUUGCUGUUCAGCUCAAAGCCUUCAGGACAGACCUACCCUCUCUCAAGUCAAGGCUUACAAACUCUGACCAACCGUGGUGGAAAUGACACGAAAAAGGGUAAAACGAAUACGGCAGCGCCCUCACACAUGCAGGGCAGUGAUGAACAUAUCCUCACUGAGCAUGAUUCCUCGAAGGAUAUCACUGUUGUCUCAGAAACCGUGGUACAGAGUGAGCCAUGGGGGUGGGAUGAGACUGGUCUAGGUCACUCGGCGACGCCCCCUAAGGAUUGGAUCCACAUGUCGAAUCGGUAA